AUACAGCAGCAGUGUACAGGAAUGAAACUGAAAUAGGUGAUGCCCUCAAGCAGCUUUUACCCGAGUUUGGCCUGGAAAGGAAGGAUGUAUUUAUUACUUCAAAACUGAAUUCAUGAAAGGGUGAAAAAUUAUGAAAGAAACUGAUAUUUAUCGUAUUUUCAUCUAAGGCUCGAGAAGGUAAAAUCAAGCAGUCAUGGAGGAGACAAAAGAGAUCAGAAAUCUCUCUCUUUUUGAGCUUACAGAAAUUUCACGCAAACUACAUUUAGAACUCGCCCCCCGUGGAUUUGAAUUCCAUCCUUUUAAGAUCGGCUGGUACAACAAACAUGUUGCUGAAUCUUUCCAGUUGCCUUACCACGAAGACACGGUGGCGUUUGUGGUGAUUAGUACACCCAGCAUGUUUGAGAAAGCCUUCUUGCCAUUCGUGACAGAGUUGGAUUGUCAGAGGUCCUCGCAGGACCCACUUGACCAGUGCAUGGUGCACUGCUUCUCAACCAUCAGUGAAAUAUUCCCUGCAGAAAAGGUCGUCAUUAUGCAUGACUUUGAACUAUCUCCAAACCGACGCCCCAAAGUCCUUAUGCAAACCGCGGGCCAUGUGUCAGGGGCUGUACGAUAUUACCAGCGGACAGACCUUAAGUCUGAUCCAUUUGACCCCAGCAGGAAGGUGUUUGGUGCUUGCCUCCACCCACGUUAUGGUGGUUGGUUUGCUCUGCGUGGUGUGGUCAUAUUUCCACAGUUUGUCUGUCCUGAGCUGAAGCCACAGCAGCCCAAAGACAUCCUGCAGAAUGAUGAGGAAUUGGUUGAACUGCUGAAGCGCUACAAUGACCACUGGCAAGACUGGACUUUUAGAGACAUCAUCUCGGUGAAAGAGAAAUACUCGGAACAACAAAAAGAGUACUUUGGCACAAAACCAGGAGAGAGAAAAGCACUCAUUGAGAAGUAUCGUGCAGCUCUGAAGGGAAAUGCAUAGAGAGAUACACUCAUAUUUUUGUUGAUUUUGAUUAUUCAGCAUAAAGCUAUGAUAGUAUAAUGAAAAGUUAACAAGUAUAGCAAAGUGAAUAACAGUAUGAUCACUGAUUUCUUUGAUUUUCAGUUUUAAAGGGUUUCUUGUUAGCAUUCCUCUUUUAUUUUGAUAUUUGAAGUAGUUAUAACCUGGUUCAUUUAAGAAACAUGGAUUUAGACUUCUAUCAUUUCUGCGCAAUGUGCCAUAAUGUUCCAGUCAUUUCAAAUACUUCCAUCUUUUAUUCAUAAAUAAUUUUGCUACUCGUCCACUUUUUACUAUUUUUGAUUUGAUCAAUCUUUCAGCAAAGCUUUUUGAUCAUGGCAUAAGUGGAAGUGGAAUGGUUAAAAAUUACUGUAUGAGAAUGAGAUACUUUCUGUGCUGUGAAAAUUGUACAAACUAAGUAGAACAGAGGGAAUUAGAUCUUCAGAUUUAGGGGGGCUGCAGUGGAGAGUCAUAGAAAAAUUAUUCAGGACACUCCACCUCCAGCUGAGGCAACUUUAGCCCACACAGUGUAAUGUCUUUACAGAUUAUAACUGCUUGCUUAGUGUGUGGAUAUAUAAUUCAGGGUAGCUUAUUCUAGUUCAUAUCUGGAGUUAUGUAGGAUUUGUUGUGCAGAAGUGUGCAAUUCAGGUGUCAUAUUAGAGAAUUGUUUUAUUACUGGCUCUUACAGUCUUUUGCCCUUCCUUUUUUUUUAAAUUCUCCUUUUUCUCUCCUCCUUCUUCUUCUUCUCCUUCUCCUUCUUCUUCUUCUUCUUCUUCUUCUCCUCCUCCUUCUCCUUCUUCUUCUUCUUCUUCUCCUUCUCCUUCUCCUCCUCCUCCUCCUCCUCCUCCUCCUCCUCCUCCUCCUCCUCCUCCUCCUCCUCCUCCUUUCUCUUCUCUUCCUCUUCUCCUCCUCUUCCUUCUUUUUCUACUUGUUCUUCUUUCUCCUCCUCUUCUUCUUCCUCCUCCUCUUCCAUCUUCCUCUUCUCUUCUUCUUUUUCUUCUUCUUUUUCUACUUGUUCUUCUUCCUCCUCUUCCUCCUCCUCCUCCCCCUCCUCCUCCUGCUGCUGCUGCUGCUGCUGCUGCUGCUGCUGCUGCUCCUGCUGCUCCUCCUCCUCCUCCUCCUC